GCAAAGAUACCUUAGCUUAGUCCUUCAAAUUCCUUCAAAAGCAGCAAAGCUUUUAUACCUGACAAAUAAAGCUCCAUCUUUUUUUAUCUGAUCUUUAAGUAGCUUCAAAAUAAGGCUCCAUUAAACCAAAGGAAGAAUGGAUAUGCUAAAGCAAAUGAGGGUGAAAUUCUCCGGUAUAGGGGAAGAAGAGAAAGGAGGCAGCAGCACAAGAGAUAGAACAAUACCGCCCCAGAGAACUCAAUCUUUUAAAGACACAAAAAGAACACCUAGCUGGUUGUACAGACAGUUUAUAAGAACUAUGAGUCGUGAUUAUGAUUCCAGUGAUAGUGUUGACUAUCCAGCUGCAGUGGCUGCAGCUGCAUUUGCUGUAACAUCAAUCGAAGAAAAGAGCAUUUAUAGCCACAGAAGGACAAAUAGUGGAGGUGAUAAACCUUUGACGAAGAUCAAAAGUAAAGCAGAUGAUAUUGGUAAGAAACCUGAAAAGCUCUCAGAUGAAGGUUCAGAACUUCCAGAUAAAAGUGUGCCGAUAAGGUCAGCAACAAUCAAUCCAGAGCCAGUUAAAUCUGUGCCAUCUAUUAAGAAGAAACCAACUUUUGGAGAUACCAAACCUGAAAGUGAAGUUGUUGAAAAGGCCAAAAGAGCUCCAUCCAUUAAGAAGAUGCCAACGUUUGGAGAUAGCAAAUCAGAAAGUGAAGUCGAAAAGGCCAAAAGAGCUCCAUCCAUUAAGAAGACGCCAACAUUUGGAGAUAGCAAAUCUGAAAGUGAAGUUGAAAAGGUCAAAAGAGCUCCAUCUAUGAAGAGAACAUCCACAUUUCCAGACCAAUACAUCGAUAUCAGAGCUCCCAAAGCCCCUGGAGUUCCUGUUUCUGAUCGUGCUGGUCAGCCAACUAGACAAUCUUCAUCGCAACCAGGCAUGGCUAAAGCACCAAAUACAAUGAAGCCUGAAACUGAAUACUCUAAGGCAGAUAUUUGGGAGAGAGAAGAAAUGGAGAAAAUCAGAGAAAGGUACAAGAAGCUCAUAAAAGAAAUUGUGGAAUGGGAGACUAAGAAGAAGAAGAAAGCAAAACGCGACUUGGAGAAAGUUGAGGCUGAACUAUUGUCGAAUGAAAAAAUGAAAUUACAGGCUGAACUGGACAGGCGUAGAGCAAAAGCCAUGAGACAUUUCCACAAUGAGGUCGAAAGGAUUGAAAGCAUUGCAGGAGGAGCCAAAGAACAAGCAGAUGAACAUCGUAAAAACGAAGAGCUAAAGGUGAGAGAGAAGGCAAAUAAGAUCAGAUCAACUGGGAAGAUGCCAUCAACAUGUUCAUGCUUUUAAACAGUACCAUUUGUAAGAAAAAUUGUGAAUCUGUAGAUCCAACUUUUACUACUGUUGAUGGAAAAAUAUGUAAAUAUACUGAGGCACAAUACUCGCCGUGUAUAAGCUUUCAUAAUAUCAUCAGAAACCAAUAUUGAUGUCAA